UGAAGGAAUAUUGUCUUCAAAAAAAUGCAGAAUUUAAUUUGUUGUAGAGUCAUAUCUUUUACAGGGCCGCAACAGUCUGCUGGAAAUUAGGUCAUUUCCGGAUACUGACACAACAACACGCAGGCAAAGACAAAAUAUGAGCAACGGUUAUAUGCGAGGAUUAGCAGAGUUGGCUCAUGCCGAGUACCAGGCAGGUGAUUAUGAAUCAGCAGAACAACAUUGUAUGCAGUUAUGGAGACAGGAACCAGACAAUACUGGUGUUCUACUUCUGCUUAGUUCUAUACACUUCCAACAGAGAAAACUAGAUAGAUCAGCAUAUUUUAGUCAGCUUGCUAUUAAACAGAGUCCAACAUUAGCUGAAGCUUAUUCUAAUCUCGGCAAUGUAUACAAGGAGCGAGGUCAGCUACAAGAAGCAUUAGAAAAUUAUAGACAUGCGGUUAGAUUAAAACCAGACUUUAUAGAUGGCUAUAUCAACCUGGCUGCGGCCCUUGUGGCUGCAGGGGACAUGGAACAGGCAGUACAGGCUUAUGUUACAGCACUGCAAUAUAAUCCCGACCUUUACUGUGUACGGAGUGAUCUUGGUAACCUGUUGAAAGCUCUUGGAAGACUUGAUGAGGCCAAGGCAUGUUAUCUGAAAGCAAUUGAAACACAGCCGAACUUUGCAGUAGCCUGGAGUAACCUAGGUUGUGUGUUUAAUGCACAGGGGGAGAUAUGGCUUGCUAUACAUCACUUUGAAAAGGCAGUAGCAUUGGAUGCUAACUUUCUAGAUGCAUACAUAAACUUAGGAAAUGUUUUGAAAGAGGCUAGAAUAUUUGAUAGAGCUGUAGCAUCUUACUUGAGAGCGCUUAAUCUGAGUCCGAACCAUGCAGUGGUACAUGGGAAUCUGGCUUGUGUUUACUAUGAACAAGGGUUGAUAGAUCUUGCCAUAGAUACAUACAAACGAGCGAUAGAACUGCAGCCAAACUUCCCUGAUGCUUACUGUAAUCUGGCUAAUGCACUGAAAGAAAAGGGCAAGGUGCAAGAAGCAGAGGAGUGUUAUAACACAGCCUUGGCACUUGCUCCUAACCACUCGGACUCACUAAACAACCUGGCAAACAUCAAGAGAGAGCAGGGAAACACAGAGGAGGCAGUACGUCUGUACUUGAAGGCCCUGGAAGUGUUUCCAGAAUUUGCCGUGGCCCACUCUAACCUUGCCAGUGUUUUACAACAGCAAGGAAAAUUACAUGAAGCUCUUUUACAUUACAAAGAAGCUAUAAGAAUCUCGCCAACAUUUGCAGAUGCCUAUUCCAACAUGGGUAACACGUUAAAGGAAAUGCAGGAUGUACAGGGGGCACUGCAAUGCUAUACCAGGGCCAUACAGAUCAAUCCCGCAUUCGCAGAUGCUCACAGUAAUCUUGCCUCUAUUCAUAAGGAUUCAGGCAACAUUCCUGAGGCUAUACAAUCAUAUAGAACAGCCCUCAAGUUGAAACCAGAAUUUCCAGAUGCCUAUUGUAAUCUUGCUCAUUGUCUACAGAUUGUGUGUGACUGGAGUGAGUAUGAGGAGAGAAUGAAGAAGUUGGUACAGAUAGUAGAUGAGCAGUUAGAGAAGAAUCGUCUCCCCUCUGUUCAUCCUCACCAUAGUAUGCUGUACCCACUUAAACACGAAAUGCGAAAAAAUAUAGCAGGCAGACAUGCUAAUUUAUGUCUAGAAAAGAUAAAUAUAUUACAUAAGCCACCGUAUGAGCACCCGAAAGAUCUGUCGGCCAGUGGAGGACGACUUCGAAUUGGUUAUGUAAGCUCAGACUUUGGUAAUCAUCCGACAUCCCAUUUAAUGCAGAGUAUACCAGGACUGCAUGAUAAAGAUUCUGUUGAGGUAUUUUGUUAUUCAUUGAGUGCAGAUGAUAGUACAAAUUUCCGAGCCAAAAUUUCAAGUGAAGCAGAGCAUUUUGUAGAUUUGUCCCAGAUACCAUGUAACGGUAAGGCGGCAGAUCGCAUCAAUUCAGAUGGUAUACAUAUAUUGGUCAACAUGAAUGGUUACACUAAAGGAGCACGAAAUGAACUGUUUGCAUUAAGACCUGCACCAGUUCAGGUAAUGUGGUUAGGAUAUCCGGGUACCAGUGGUGCCCCAUUCAUGGAUUACAUCAUCACUGACAAGUUCACAUCUCCUGUAGAAUUAGACAUGCAGUAUUCUGAAAAACUGGCCUUCAUGCCAGACACGUUCUUUAUUGGAGACCACAAGAACAUGUUCCCUCAUCUACUGGAGAAGAUUCUAAUCAAACAGGAUGAAGGUCAAGCAUUCAAGGACAACAAUAUAGUCCUUAAUGGAACUAAUUUACAAGCCAUGAAAGAUGCCGUCCAUUGUAAGACUGUAACUGUUCAGUGUGGUAGAGGGGAAACUACAGACGAGGAGAAUGGAAGGCCGGGUACUGUGACGUAUCAGACAGUAGUCGUGCAGGUGGGCCCAGUACUUACCCAGAUGAUGCAGAAUGGAUUAUCUCAUGCAUCUGUGAACGGAGUUACAAUACAGAAUGGCGUAACCACACAGCAGGUAUGCAUUGCUGAUAGUGAGAAUGCGGACAGCCAAAUUUUAUUACUCUUACAGACAAACAAUAAAUGUGCUACUGGGGAGGAAAUUCCUGAUAACAUAAUAAUCAGUGCGAGAUGUCAGUACGGGCUCCCCGAGGAUGUUGUUGUGUACUGCAACUUUAACCAGCUGUAUAAGAUAGAUCCAGAAACCUUGCAGAUGUGGCUGGACAUUCUUAAGAGGGUACCAAACAGUGUUCUGUGGCUACUCAAGUUUCCAGCUGUUGGUGAACCAAACAUCGUCCAGAAGGCCAAGGAUGAAGGGAUAGAUGGCAGUCGGGUUGUCUUUUCUAAUGUAGCCCCAAAAGAGGAACAUGUACGCCGUGGACAAUUAGCUGAUGUAUGCCUGGACACGCCCCUGUGUAAUGGUCACACCACAGGAAUGGACGUGCUGUGGGCUGGCACACCUAUGGUGACAAUGCCUGAAGAAACCCUUGCUUCAAGAGUGGCCUCCUCUCAGCUGAAGGCACUAGGUUGUCCAGAACUUAUAGCUAGAGAUAGAGAACACUAUGUGAAUAUAGCAGCCAGACUAGGAACUGAUGUAGAGUAUUUACAGGCAAUGAGAGCGAAGGUAUGGAAGGCACGACUAACCAGUCCAUUGUUUAACUGUCAGAUGUACGCACACAACAUGGAGAAGGUGUUCUGGCAGAUGUGGAACACCUGUUCACAGGGAGAACCUCCAAAACAUGUAACCCAGCUAGAUUAACUACACUAGUUUUAGGUUUUAUUUUUAAAAACUGUGUAUCAGUUUGUUAAUUCUUCCCCACUCCACCACAACACUACAUGUACUAAUACUUGAACCUUUUCAUUUCUCAGUGUUCAUAGGUUGAUAAAGAGCAUUUUCACUGAAGUCUAUGUGAUACAUUUACUUCUAUUAAUUUCAACAGUUUGCACAAAGCUGUCAUUCAUUUUUGAAGUAAUUCUUAAAUAUUGGUCUAGAAAUAAUUUUUUGAAACAUACAUUUUUUCUUUUUUUUUAAAGGCAUUCAUUUUUAGCUCAUCUGAUUUUUUGAAAAAAAAUGAUGAGUUAUUGUCAUCACUUGAGCGGUUGUCGGCGUCGGCGUCGGCGUCUGCGUCGGCGUUGCCUGGUUAAGUUUUAUGUUUAGGUCAGCUUUUCUCCUAAACUAUCAAAGCUAUUGCUUUGAAACUUGGAAUACUUGUUCACCAUCAUAAGCUGACCCUGUAUAGCAAGAAACAUAACUCCAUCUUGCUUUUUGCAAGAUUUAUGGCCCCUUUUGUACUUAGAAAAUAUCAGAUUUCUUGGUUAAGUUUUAUGUUUAGGUCAACUUUUCUCCUAAACUAUCAAAGCUAUUGCUUUGAAACUUGGAAUACUUGUUCACCAUCAUAAGCAGACCCUGUACAUCAAGAAACAUAACUCCAUCUUGCUUUUUGCAAGAUUUAUUGCCCCUUUUGGACUUAGAAAAUCAGUUUUCUUGGUUAAGUUUUAUGUUAGGUCAGCUUUUAUCCUAAACUAUCAAAGCUAUUUCUUUAAAACUUGCAACACUUGUUCACCAUCAUAAGUUGACCCUGGUAUAGCAAGAAACAUAACUCCGUCCUGCUUUUUGCAAGAUUUAUGGCCCCUUUUGGACUUAGAAAAUAUCAGAUUUCUUGGUUAAGUUUUAUGUUUAGGUCAACUUUUUCUCUUAAACUAUCAAAGCUAUUGCUUUGAAACUUGCAACACUUGUUCACCAUCAUAAGCUGACCCUGUACAGCAAGCAACAUAACUCCAUCCUGCUUUUUGCAAUAAUUAUUGCCCCUUUUGGACUUAGAAAAUCAUUUUCUUGGUUGAGUAUUAUGUUUAAGUCAACUUUUCUCAUAAACUAUCAAAGCUAUUGCUUUAAAACUUGCAACAGUUUUUCACCAUCAUAAGUGGACACUGUACAUCAAGAAACAUAACUCUAUCCUGCUUUUUGCAAGAAUGAUGGCCCUUUUAAGACUUAGAAAAUCAUGGGUAGGACAAUAUUUCUAUUACACAAAAAAAAUCAGAUGAGCGUCAGCACCCGCAAGGCGGUGCUCUUGUUGUUUUGUUCAGAUCUGUUUGACAAUGUUUACCUGAUGAUGUGAUGAGUUUUUGCUUUGCAAACCACCUCUUUUCCGUGCAAAAAUAUUUGUAAAGUUGAAAGCUUCUCGUAUUCAUUUAGGUUAGCUUAAGAUUAUGAUCAGUUUGGAGAAUUAUUGAUAUGAUUGAAAAACAAAACAUUGAAUUAAUCUGAAAACUCUGUACUUAGAUUGAAGUAAAAAUUUUGUUUCAUUAAUUCAAAUUACCCAUAAAACAUUUCAGAAAUAACUGCAUACACCAGUUUCUCACAAAGUUCUUGACCUGUUCAGAUUUAGUAUUUUAUAAAACUUCUUGUGAUGAUUCUGUUAUACUUCUUCUAGUGAUACAGAUUUAAAUACUUAUUUCUAUUUUAUUUUUAGCUCGACUAUUCAUUGAAUAAGUAGAGCUAUCCUACUCGCCAGGGUGUUGGCAUUGUAUUAUAACAGUCACUAUCUGUAGGCAGGAGUACAUAACUCUGUCAACUAUUUUGGCUGAAUUAUGGCCCUUUUUGGAUGUGGAAAUUGGUUCAGUUUUCGUACAAGUCCAAGUUUUGUCAAAACUAUUUGACGUGGCUU